GAAUAAAGAUAAGGACGAGAAUUUUUUCUAUAAAUAUAGUGUAGAGUGUGUCCACAAACAAAAUCAAAAGUGUGUCCACAAACAAAAUCAAAAGGAGAAAAAAAUGGCUGCUCUAAUUGCAUUCUCACUCAUAACCCUGAGUGUGAUAUCAAGCGGGUGCGGCGCCACAAGCCCAAGCCCGGCGGCCAGCUUCAUCAUAAGCUCAUGCAGAGCCACCACAUACCCCGCCGUGUGCGAGAAAUCCCUCUCAACAUACGCGGCGACAAUCAACAAGAGCCCGAAGCAGUUGGUGAUGACGGCGCUGACAGUGAGCGUGGACACGGCGGAAUCAACCAAGUCAUUCGUGAAGAAGCUCACUAAAUUCCGCGGGCUGAAGCCGAGGGUGCGGUCCGCCAUCAAGGACUGCUUGGAGGAGAUGAACGACAGCGUAGACAGGCUCACCAAAUCGGUGAAGGAGCUCAAGAACAUGGACCGAGCCAAGGCCAAGGGCCCCGACUUCAUCUGGCACAUGAGCAAUCUGCAGACCUGGGUCAGCGCCGCGCUCACCGAUGACUCCACUUGCUCAGACGGCUUCGCGGGUCCGGCCUUCGAUGGCCGGAUCAAGAAUUCCAUUAGGACCCGGAUCACCAAUGUGGCGCAGGUCACUAGUAAUGCACUUGCGCUUUGCAACAAGUUUGCCGAUAAAUAUUAAGUAGCUUCUUAUUUGCUUCUUUUUUUUUUUUUUAAUUCUUACCAAUAUAAUGUGUGUUUUUUUUGUUUAGAUUGAGUGGUUUGUUUGCUUUUUGGUUGGGAGUAUAAUAUAUAAUGACGCUGAUGUCGCCCAAGUUUUGUAAUAUACGGAGUAAUUAAAAUGUAGUGGAAUGUGAAAUGGAAUGGUUUUU